AUGUUUUUUGGUGGUCUUGAUUCCAUCGACAAUACAAUCAGCUUGGAGAUCUAUACCAAAAUGAAAUUAUUUAUUGCGUGCAUUUUAAUUGCCGCAGCGACGGCUGCAGUGAUUCCUGUCGAACAAGUCAGGCACCGUCGUGACGUAUCAGAAAUCGUUAACGAAUAUAUACCACCCGUAGAAGAAGUUGCUGCUGAUGUUCCCGUUGAAACAAUCACUCAAGACUCUGCUAUCGUAGGAGAAGACGGUUACCGUUACAAGACCGUGAGAAGGCUUAAGCUUCGUCACCGUCGUGAUGUGUCUAAGAUCGCCAAUGAGUACCUCCCACCCUCCGAGGAAGUCGCUCCUAUUGUAAGUGAGCCUGUUGAAGAAAGUCAGGACUCCGCUGUUCUUGCCGAUGAUGGUUACCAAUACAAAACUGUUCGUCGUUUAAAGUAUCGUCAACGUCGUGAUGUGUCUGAGAUCGCCAAUGAAUACCUCCCACCCUCCGAGGAAGUCGCUCCUAUUGUGAGUGAGCCUGUUGAAGAAAGUCAGGACUCCGCUGUUCUUGCCGAUGAUGGUUACCAAUACAAAACUGUUCGUCGUCUAAAGUACCGUCAACGUCGUGAUGUGUCUGAGAUCGCCAAUGAGUACCUGCCACCCUCCGAGGAAGCCGUCACUGAAGCUCCUCUUGUAGAAGAGGCUCCUGAAGAAAGUCAGGACUCCGCUGUUCUUGCCGAUGAUGGUUACCAAUACAAAACUGUCCGUCGUCUAAAGUACCGUCAACGUCGUGAUGUGUCUGAGAUCGCCAAUGAGUACCUCCCACCCUCCGAGGAAGUCGCUCCUAUUGUGAGUGAGCCUGUUGAAGAAAGUCAGGACUCCGCUGUUCUUGCCGAUGAUGGUUACCAAUACAAAACUGUCCGUCGUCUAAAGUACCGUCAACGUCGUGAUGUGUCUGAAAUCGCUAAUGAGUACCUCCCACCCUCCGAGGAUGUCGCUCCUAUUGUGAGUGAGCCUGUUGAAGAAAGUCAGGACUCCGCUGUUCUUGCCGAUGAUGGUUACCAAUACAAAACUGUCCGCCGUCUAAAGUACCGUCAACGUCGUGAUGUGUCUGAGAUCGCCAAUGAGUACCUCCCACCCUCCGAGGAAGCCGUCACUGAAGCUGCUCUUGUAGAAGAGGCUCCUGAAGAAAGUCAGGACUCCGCUGUUCUUGCCAACGAUGGUUACCAAUACAAAACUGUCCGUCGUCUAAAGUACCGUCAACGUCGUGAUGUGUCUGAGAUUGCCAAUGAGUACCUCCCACCCUCCGAGGAAGCCGUCACUGAAGCUCCUCUUGUAGAAGAGGCUCCUGAAGAAAGUCAGGACUCCGCUGUUCUUGCCAACGAUGGUUACCAAUACAAAACUGUCCGUCGUCUAAAGUACCGUCAACGUCGUGAUGUGUCUGAGAUCGCCAAUGAAUACCUCCCACCCUCCGAGGAUGUCGCUCCUAUUGUGAGUGAGCCUGUUGAAGAAAGCCAGGACUCCGCUGUUCUUGCCGAUGAUGGUUACCAAUACAAAACUGUCCGUCGUCUAAAGUACCGUCAACGUCGUGAUGUGUCUGAGAUCGCCAAUGAGUACCUCCCACCCUCCGAGGAAGUCGCUCCUAUUGUAAGUGAGCCUGUUGAAGAAAGUCAGGACUCCGCUGUUCUUGCCGAUGAUGGUUACCAAUACAAAACUGUUCGUCGUUUAAAGUAUCGUCAACGUCGUGAUGUGUCUGAGAUCGCCAAUGAAUACCUCCCACCCUCCGAGGAAGUCGCUCCUAUUGUGAGUGAGCCUGUUGAAGAAAGUCAGGACUCCGCUGUUCUUGCCGAUGAUGGUUACCAAUACAAAACUGUCCGUCGUCUAAAGUACCGUCAACGUCGUGAUGUGUCUGAAAUCGCUAAUGAGUACCUCCCACCCUCUGAGGAGACCGUCACUGAAGCUCCUCUUGUAGAAGAGGCUCCUGAAGAAAGUCAGGACUCCGCUGUUCUUGCCAACGAUGGCUACCAAUACAAAACUGUCCGUCGUCUAAAGUACCGUCAACGUCGUGAUGUGUCUGAGAUCGCCAAUGAGUACCUCCCACCCUCCGAGGAAGCCGUCACUGAAGCUCCUCUUGUAGAAGAGGCUCCUGAAGAAAGUCAGGACUCCGCUGUUCUUGCCAAUGAUGGCUACCAAUACAAAACUGUCCGUCGUCUAAAGUACCGACAACGUCGUGAGGUAUCUUAGAUCGCCAAUGAAUUCGUACCGCACUCUAAGUAAGUCGUCACUGAAGCUCCUGCUGAGAGUGGGAAUCCAGCAGCAGCUCGUUUGCGAUUAAAAGAAAUUACGCUCUCCACCUGCCCCCAAGAACAACUAGGUCGUAAGUAACAAUCCUGUUUUUGCUAUUAUUUAACGAUUGAAAUCAACGAAAUAAA